AUGUCGACAGUCACGGCAAACGCACUACAGUCGGGCCACCCGCCGAUCAUCCCCCUCGAGUUCAACGCAAACCAGCCCAAGACGAUCCGGCUGUAUCCCCUCUCCAACUACACAUUCGGCGUCAAGGAGACGCAGCCCGAGGAGGACCCGUCGGUGAUAGCACGUCUGAAGCGCCUCGAGGAGCACUACCAGGAGCAUGGCAUGCGGCGGACGUGCGAGGGCAUCCUGGUCUGCCACGAGCACAACCACCCCCACAUCCUCAUGCUCCAGAUCGCAAACGCCUUCUUCAAGCUGCCCGGCGACUACCUGCGGCCCGAAGACGACGAGGUCGAGGGCUUCAAGUCGCGCCUGGACGAGCGGUUGGCUCCCGUGGGCAGGCUCGGCGAGGGCGUGGAGCCCGGCAACUGGCAGGUCGGCGACUGUCUGGCCCAGUGGUGGCGGCCCAACUUCGAGACCUUCAUGUACCCCUUCAUCCCGGCGCAUGUCACCCGACCCAAGGAGUGCAAGAAGCUUUACUUCAUCGAGCUUCCCGAGUCAAAAGUACUGAGCGUACCCAAGAACAUGAAACUUCUCGCAGUGCCCUUGUUCGAGCUCUACGACAACACUGCUAGAUAUGGUCCCCAGCUGUCGGCGAUACCUCACCUACUGAGCCGCUACAACUUCGAGUUCGUGGACGACAACGGCAAUACUGUGGCGGCUACGCCUGGCACAGGCCCCGAGGGCUUCGUCCCCCAGACUCGCGUUCUUGCCGGCGGCGAUGAGGAGAUGGGAGACGUAAAAGAUGAGAACGGUGGAAGCUGA